UCAUUAUCAUAUGUUCGCGAGAUUUGCUUGGCGCGCCGUGAACCCAUGUGUGUCUGCCUGUUCCUAGUUCAGUAAACAACACACAGACUAUUAGCUGCAGCAAGAGGAGAGGGAGAUCAUUUUAUCUUUUUAAAAAUCUUAUUUCCAGUUUAAUUUUUCCUUAUUUUCUCGCCUGCAACCGGCUGUAGGGCUGAUGGUAUUCUUUUCAUUUUAUUGUUUUACUUUGGGUUAAAAGAGGGAGAGAGGAGGGAAAAAUGUGGAUUCAAGUGCGGACUAUCGACGGCAAGCAAACCCGCUGCAUAGACGAUUUAUCCAGACUGACCAAAAUUGAAUCGUUGAGGUUAAAGAUCCAAGAAAGCUUCAACGUGAACCCGGAGUGUCAACGUCUGUUUUACAGAGGCAAGCAGUUAGAGGAUGGCCAUAGUCUUUUUGAUUACAACGUGGGACUGAAUGAUAUCAUCCAACUUCUGAUCCGUCAACCUGCUUCCUCCACUGUGAAGAAAAAGGAAAAUGAGGUUGAGCUCUCAGAUAGUGACUCGGGAUGUAGCUCGUCACAGAGUGAGUGUGACAAAACCUCUUCCAGUGCAGAAAAUAGCAAGAAAAAUCGUCCUGGCACAUCAACUCGAUCGUUUCUCAUUGAUCCGGGUUUUGGAUUAUAUAAGAUAAACGAAUUGGUGGAUGCCCGUGAUUUGGUCAUUGGAGCCUGGUUUGAAGCUCACAUUGUAAAUAUUACACGGAGCACAAAGGGACAGAAAAAUGACUUGGGAGAUGCCAAUGGAAAUGAAAGGACAGGAGCAUGUGCUCAAUAUGUUAAAGAUCCCUCGGACCAAGAUCAGUCACAGCACUGUAGUGGGAUCACUUCACGUAAUUUGGACUGUGUACCAUCUACGUCUAAUGUGGAUUCUUCAGACGAUGAUAUUGUGUAUCAUAUCAAAUAUGAUGAUUAUCCAGAAAAUGGAAUAGUGGGAAUGUGUGCGGACAAUGUUCGGCCAAGAGCAAGGACUAUUUUGAAAUGGGAUGAGCUUCGAAUAGGACAAAUUGUGAUGGUAAAUUACAAUUUAGAAUUACCAGAGGAACGUGGUUUCUGGUUUGAUGCAGAAGUUACCGCUCUGAAGGAGACAUCAAGGACAAAUAAAGAAAUCUUUGUUAAAAUUCUUUUGGGCGGCCCAUUAGAUGUAAUAGGUGAUUGCAAAGUAGCAUUUUUGGAUGAAGUAUACAAGAUUGAAGAACCUGGAGCUGAGCCAAUUACACUAGCCGAUGGCCAGUUUAAAAGGAAGAGUGGUCCUGAAUGUAAAUACUGUAAGGCAGAUCCUGAGAAAGAAUGCAGAUUCUGUGCCUGUCGAUUAUGUGGUGGGAAGCAGGAUCCAGAUAUGCAGCUGUUGUGUGACGAGUGUAACAUGGCAUAUCACACGUACUGCUUAAACCCACCCCUCAGCCAGAUACCAGAAGACGAAGACUGGUAUUGCCCCUCCUGUAAAAAUGAUACGAGUGAAGUUGUGCGAGCAGGAGAAAAACUGAAAGAAAGUAAAAAGAAGGCCAAGAUGCCCUCUGCCAGCACUGCAAGUCAGAGAGACUGGGGCAAGGGCAUGGCCUGUGUUGGUCGCACGAAGGAAUGCACAAUAGUUCCUUCUAACCAUUAUGGUCCCAUACCUGGAACUCCUGUUGGCACAAUGUGGAAGUUCAGAGUUCAGGUGAGUGAAGCAGGUGUUCACAGGCCACAUGUCGGAGGGAUUCACGGACGGAGCAACGAUGGAGCCUACUCUCUGGUGCUCGCUGGAGGCUUUGAGGACGAAGUGGAUCGAGGCAAUGAAUUUACAUACACUGGGAGUGGUGGGCGAGACCUUUCUGGAAACAAGAGAAUUGGGGAACAAUCAUAUGAUCAGACUCUCACCAACAUGAACAGGGCAUUGGCUCUUAAUUGUGACGCUGUGCUGAAUGAUGAGAUUGGAGCAGAAGCCAAAGACUGGAAGGCUGGGAAAUCAGUCCGAGUGGUCCGCAGUUCAAAAGGACGGAAAGUCAGCAAAUAUGCACCAGAGGAAGGCAACAGAUAUGAUGGGAUUUACAAGGUGGUAAAAUACUGGCCUGAAAUUGGGAAGUCUGGUUUCCUGGUCUGGCGCUAUCUCUUGAGACGUGAUGAUGUAGAACCUGCUCCAUGGACCCCAGAAGGAAAGGAUAGGACAAAGAAACUGGGCUUGAAAAUACAGUAUCCUGAAGGGUACCUGGAAGCCAUGGCAAAUAAGGAAAAAAAAGGCAAAAAACAGGAAGCAAACUUGAUGGUGAACAAUUGUGGUAGAACGUCUAAGAAGAGACAGCAAAAAACUGCUGCUUCUGCCUCUGCUACUGUGACUGCACCACCAGCAAAGACUCUAAAGCUUGCCCAGGACGAUGCUGAAGGAGAAACCUACCAGCUGACUCCACAUCAGCAGUGGCUGAUCGGAGAGGACUACUUAAACAAGAAACUUUGGGAUGAGGCACUUGCCUCUAUCAUGGAAGGACCGAAAUUCUUAAGAAAAACCGAACAAAUCUUCAUGUGCAUUUGCUGCCAGGAAUUGGUCUUCCAGCCAAUCACAACAGAAUGCCAGCACAAUGUCUGCAAGAGUUGUCUGCAGCGAUCAUUCCGUGCCCAGGUCUACACUUGUCCUGCUUGCCGCCAUGAGCUUGGAAAGGAUUACAACAUGGUUCCCAAUAAGAUUCUUCAGUCCAUUCUGGACCAGUUCUUCCCAGGAUAUAGCAAAGGACGAUGACAUUCAUUUGUGUAACCGGUCUCCCAUCUGCACACAUUUUUACAGGGGGAGGAAUUAAAAAAUAAGUAAAACAAUAAAGGACCAACAGGCCUGGACAGUAAACAAUUUGAGACCAUCAUUCUAGAACCGCUAAUGUUCUCCCCCCCCCCCCCCCCCCCCCACUGUACCAUCUUUCACACUUGGUUAUUACACCGUACAUAAUAAAAUAUAUUGCUCUUUUCCCAUUGGCUGUCUGGUAACAUCAAAGGUAGUUUUCUCCAUAAUGUAGACUAAAAAGCUCAGCAUCAAAAUGUAAAAUGGUCUGAAGCUAGAAUUACAUUUUCUUUAAACUACCUCAAGACAGUGGAAAGGAAAUUAUGGGGAGUUUUCAGUCAAAAAAAAGCCCAGCUACGCACUGCCUCUUCAAAUCAAUAUUAUCUGUGCCUGGUCCAUAUUGCUUGGUUUUUGAAAUGUAAUAGCACUGAAAAUUAUAACUGAUUUUAAAGUAAUUCUGUGGUGAGUAUAUCUCUCUUUACCUUGAUUUUAUAUUGUUGCUAUUUUGAAAAAAAAUAUAAAAAUUAGAAAAACAGCAAGUUAAUGGGCUUUUGUGAGGUUAAGUGUGCAUUCUUAUAUUUUGAAUGGUUUGACUACUAAUGGCUUUUAAGGAUAAUUAUGUACCAUUGUACCUACAUUAGUGUUCAGUGAUAUCUGUAUUAUUUGCAUUUCAAUAUGCAAAGAAAACAAGCACUUCUAGCCAAACAGAUUACAUCAUGUAAAGAAAUACAUUUGUUAUUAUUGAAUAUGCCACUUUUGGUAUUUUAGUCACACAUUAUAUAUAUAUUAUAACUAGAUUAUUUGUAUGUGGCAAUUAUGUCUGUAUCAGUGUUUAAAACAAUUCUAGCUGGGGGUGGGGUAGAAAACACUUCAUAUUGUGAUUUUGAGAUUUGAUAUAUAUUCCUUGACCAGUACUUACCAAUAAACAUGUUAACAUUUGAAAUGUUUUUAAAUGAUUUGGCUCAAGUUAUUGGGUGUCUACAAUCUUUUAU